AUGCAAGCCCUCAAUGAUGAGGACGAGAAGACGUGCCUGGCGUACGACAGGGCGGUGCGCCUGUUCGAAGAGGCGAACGCCAAGUUCCGCGAACGCGACCUGCUGUUCCGGUGUCUCCAGAAGCGCUGUCAGACGGGCGCUAUCACCAAGGACGGGCGCAUCGGCGAAAACUGGCGUCGCUACGACGCCGUCCGCGUAUCGAAGGGAGCCACCACCCUCAUAGCGCCCGCCCGCGUGACCCAGCCCAUCAUUGACCACCCGCUUCUCGAGGACCUGAAGGAUGUCAAUUUGCAAGACCUCGAGGCCUACAGUCGUGCGCGAGAACAGGCGAAACAGUACGAGAAGCUCCCCCUUGAAGAACUAUACACGAUGGUCAGUAUGUUCUACAAGAAUGAGCGAGAAGAUUUGAUGACUGAUGUGGCCAACGCGCAGACGUCCAUGGUCGCUGCCUUCAUCGCCUACAAGUCGGCGUCCGACGCCAAAAACGUCAUGACGACGAAAUGGGUGAACGGGACGGCAGCAGACGACACAGAUUUCCGCCAUGCAGUGGGAAAGGCGAACGAGACUCGCGCGGGCUUUGGAGAACAUCUUGAAGAUGAGGAAACGGAA